ACGAACGUUACCAUGCAUUCAUCACACCAACAAUCCACACAAGCAGUUGAACGCACUGCGCACAGGCACUAGAACAAACACCAAGCAUCACCAUUCACCAAUGGCCUACUUCCAGGAGGUGGACUACUGCUCGGAGGAGGUGAGGUCGGUGGCCCCGGCCGGCGGCUUCGGCCGCUACGGCGGCGGCGUCCAGCAGCACGUCGUCAAGGAGAAAUUCGAGGAGGUCGACACGGUGUCACGCGCCGGCGGCCACCACCACGGCCACGGUCACCACGGCCACGGCGUCGUGGUGCGCGAGACCAGGGUCGAGGAGGACUUCAACACCUGCACCGGCGAGUUCCACGAGCGCAAGGAGAGCUUCCUCGCCAGGGCUAACUGAGCCGCCGGCCGCACGACCGUACCAUGCGCGCCCCCGUUCGUGCCUUAUGUAUGUAUGUGCGUAUAAGAUUGUGCAGGGUCAUCGUACUUGGCUGGCGUGCACGCACUCAGCUUCUGUAAGAAUUACGACAAUAAGCUCGUGACCUGAAUAAAGCUUCUCCGUACCACCUACAUUACCAUGCA